UGCCCAAGCAGCUAGCAUGUUCUUGCCUAUUGGUCCAUGGCCAAGAGAGUGCAUUCUAUGCAGUGCUGCCUGUUUAUGCCAAGCUUGGUGUUCCACAAGAGGUGGUGGAUCAAUGGAAGCCCAACGUCGAAGCCGGGGAACCAGCUCCCCCAUUACCAGAAGUCCAGUUGACAGAGGGCGGAAAUUCUGAAUCAACAGAACAAACAUCUGAGCAAAGUGGUCCAGCUCCGGUGGUUAUCACUUCAGCUGGAGAGACAGCAGAGUCUCCUGACUACCAGUUUUUGCAUGUGUACAAGACCCCGGAGGAGUUGGCUGCGGCUGUCAAGUUUAGGAACGAAUCCCUUGGAAAGGUACCCGUUCCAUGGGUCCUGAAGGCACGUCAAGAAAAGAAAUAG